AUGAAAUAUGGGAUCCUGCACAUCUGCGAUUUAUCACGGAACAGACUCUCAGAGUUGCCACUAGAAGCUUGCCACUUUGUUUCCCUUGAGAGCUUGAAUUUGUACCAGAACUGCAUUCGUUAUAUUCCAGAAGCCAUUGUGAACUUGCAGUCGUUAGCGUUUUUGAAUAUCAGCCGUAAUCAGCUCUCAACAUUGCCUGUCCACUUGUGCAGCUUACCCUUAAAAGUUUUGAUAGCAAGUAAUAAUAAACUGGUCUCCCUCCCAGAAGAAAUUGGACAGCUCAGGCAUCUGAUGGAGCUUGAUGUCAGCUGCAAUGAAAUACAAACAAUUCCACCCCAGAUUGGCAAUCUGAGUUCCUUGCGGGAUCUCAACAUCAGGAGGAAUCAUUUGGUACAUUUACCUGAAGAGCUUGCUGAGCUGCCUUUGAUUCGGUUAGAUUUCUCCUGCAAUAAAAUCACAACAAUCCCAGUUUGUUACCGGAACCUCAGACACUUACAGACAAUCACCUUAGAUAACAACCCCUUGCAGUCUCCCCCUGCCCAGAUAUGUAUAAAAGGAAAAGUACACAUAUUUAAGUAUCUGAAUAUGGAAGCGUGCAAAGUGGUGCCAGACCUUCCAGAUUACGAUAGGCGACCAAUGGGGUUUGGAUCAUGCCAUGAAGAUCUAUAUUCUAGUCGACCAUAUGGAGCACUGGAUUCUGGCUUCAACAGUGUAGACAGCGGAGAUAAGAGGUGGUCAGGAAAUGAACCUACAGAUGAGUUUUCUGACCUUCCCCUGCGAGUAGCAGAGAUCACAAAAGAACAGAGGUUGAGAAGAGAGAGUCAUUACCAGGAACAUAGAGGGAACACGCUGAUCACAAAUGGUGGAGUGGAGCAGGAUCUGGAUCAGAUCGACUUUAUUGAUAGCUGUGUCACGGAAGAAGAGGAGGAAGAGGAGAGGCAAGGCAAAUGCAGGCAGUCAGACAGCCUCAGCUCACAAUUCAUGGCCUACAUUGAACAACGGCGAAUCUCUCAUGAGGGUUCACCAGUAAAGCCUACAAACAACCGAGAGUUUCCUAGGUCAGAAGAUGCAAGAAAAUACUUCCAUCAAAAUAGAGAGGCAGAUGAAUUAAAACGACCUGAAAGUCUGAGUUUAAUGCAAGAUAGGGAGCGACAGCAAGGGUUAAGGAGCUGUUUAGAUCGGGCAGAGAGAGGGUGCAGAGACUCGGCUCUCCUUGUGUCGUUGUCCAAUACUCACAAUCAGACUAUUCCCGCUGAGGCUGACCUACCCAAAAGGCGUGAGCCCUUAGUGGAGUGGACCCGCAGGGAAGCCCAGCUGGCAGCACUGCAAUAUGAGGAGGAGAAGAGGAAGACGAAACAGAUUCAGAAGGAAGCAGUUCUUGAUUUUGUCAAACACAAGGCCUCCCAGAGCCCGCGGAAGCAAAGCUCCCUGGAGAACGAGUGUCCCUUUCCAUCCAGAAGGUCUCACCACACUGAUGAUAGUGCCUUGCUGGUGAGUGAUGACAGAUCCACCAUCUCACCAAAUUCACCUGCUUCUCAAACAGUUCACCUUUCUGCCCCGUAUCCUGGCCCUGCUGCUGCUCCUUCCUACAGAACAACUCCCCAGCGUCCUGAGAGCUUCCUUUUUCGAAAUUCUGCCAGGGAGGAAGCAAACAGAGCCAUCACAUCACUGCCUGCUUCUGCAUCAACUCCAGUUAAUUGCACAGAAGACGUCAGUGAUAAUCAGAGUUCGACUUCGUUGCAGGAAGAAGAGGUUUUGGUGAUAGAGCAACUGCGAAAAAACAUUGAAUCCCGGCUAAAAGUGUCUUUGCCCAGCGAUCUCGGAGCAGCCCUAACGGACGGUGUGGUGCUUUGUCACUUAGCCAACCAUGUGCGGCCUCGUUCCGUCCCUAGUAUUCACGUGCCCUCACCAGCUGUCCCUAAACUAACCAUGGCCAAGUGUCGACGGAAUGUGGAAAAUUUCCUGGACGCCUGUCGAAAGAUAGGAGUGCCUCAGGAGCGACUGUGUUUGCCUCUGCAUAUUCUAGAAGAGAGGGGGUUGACGCGGGUGGCAGAGACUGUGCAGGCCCUUCUGGAAUGGGCCCCCCCCAAGCAGCAGCAGCAGCAGCAUCUGGGGGCUGCGUAAGGACCCCCGAGACCUUGCUCCUUUUCCCUUGGCCGAGCGGAAGGACGCGAGUGCUGGCGCAGCAUCUCCAAACACAGACAGUGUUGUGUUCGAAGAGCGACAGCUGAACCCAGAAUUCCUGGUGGGAAUCAUUUGUCUUUAUUUCUCCACUUUUUUUGGAGGUCCCCAAGGUUUCCACUGAACCUUCACCCUUUGUAACGUGGGUUUUGCUGGGGAGGAGGGAGUGGGGUGAAAACUCCAGGAACCGUUGGCUUCAUAUUUAAGUGUCACCCCCGGGCAAUCUGGGCCGGAAGAGGAAGAAGAAUGACGUUUUGCUCCACAAAUAUACGUUAGAAAUUUGAGGUUCCUGGUCGGUUUCACACAGAGGGGGAAGUCCCUUUUUGCACUUCUGCUCUGAACAAUCCUGCAGAAAAGACCAGCUCCAGAAGGAACCGAGCGACACUUCUUAGCCAGUCCUCCUGAAGCACCCUUCUCUUUAGCUCAUCUUGUCCCUCUCAUCCUCACUCCCAUCAGACUGUGUUUUGUAGGAAUACUUUUUAAAAAUGUGCAUUCCUCUGGCACUCUGGGUCCCAAGACCUAUGAGAAAUUCGGCGUGACAUUGUUCAACUCUAAAUCAGCAACUUGGAUUCCUGAAGUUGAGAGAGCCUGGUACGACUUUAAUAUCCACCCUCCAACGCUUUUCUCUUUAGCAGCACGAUCCGUGAGCCAUGCAUCAUAAACAGCGCCGGUUAACUGAAGAAGGAAGUGUGGUGUUGCAGGGCAGAGCAAGAUGCCCUUCUGGGUGCUUGGAAGAACAGCUUUCAUACAGCUGACCCAAUCCAGCCUUUCUGUUUCUCCCCCCAUCUCGGCCCGCCUGUCCCUCUUCCCCUUGUUGUUAUUCCUUGCUUUUUGAAUUAGCUUUUUUAAAAUGUGCCAGUGAGAUUGCAAACCACAUUAGCACUUACUCAGAGAGGGCAGUUUGGAAGAACUCUAGAUUAACUGGGCACAGCUUGGAUCUGGUUGGAAAAGCAGCUGCAGUUCCUUGAAUCUGCCUGUGGUGUAAUUCUGCCCGUGUGGAAAAAGGCCUGGAUAAAGGUUGCAGCUUUCCUUCCUGGUAAGGGUGCGGCGGGAAGAAGGCUAAGCCUAUGCAGGCUGGUGAGAAUGGCAGGUUUGGGUUCUCUAACGGAGGCCCUAUUCAGAGAGAUCCUCUCUCGUACUUCCCUGCGGCUUCCACGCUAAUAGGACAGUUGCAGGUAGAGCCAGUACUUGUGCUGCGAGUGGGAAAGUGUGCCAAUCCACUGUUUGAACCGGAUUGUGGCAACGCUCUUGUACUGUAGAGGAAACCUGUGUGAUCUCUAAAGGAAGCUGGAUGUUUAGGGUGCCAGGGAAGUGGUGUCCAAUUGAAGUAGCUCGUGCCCCGUCAUUCCUGCCCGGGUGGCAGGAGACGCAUUGGCCCAGGUGGAGCAGAAGAGAUUUUGGUUGGCCAGUUCAGCUGCUGGGGAAUUAAGCCCCUGUUCUCAGUCGCCAUGCUAGAGAACUUAAAACGCUUUGCAAACGAAUCAGAUGUGUUGCAGAUGUGUAUUUGGAAUAAUAAGUGAAGCCAAAGUUAGUGAAGGUCUUUCGUGACAGAUGUGGAGGGGGGAGAAAGUAAGAAAAAGAAUGGUUAGUUGGAACGGGUUUGGGAAUUGGUAAAGAGGACUGACUGUAGCUGUAUUUUUUUCUAUCUGGUUGCAGCCCCCGUCCCCCGCCCCCAGUUGCUUCGAGGCAACACUGUUGGUUUCAAGCUUCUGUUUGUUUCUCUGGACUAUGAAUAGGAAAUGUUUCCAGGGCGUCCCUGUUGCUUUCCCUCCCCUUUCCUCCUCCACACCCAUAACUAUUUAUUUUUAUUUUAGUAUCUUUCUUGGCAUUGUCAUGUUCCUGUAUCAGUGUGAUGCACUUAAUUUUUGGGGGGGGGAUUUUUUAUCCCGCCUUUAUUACUUUUAUAAAUAACUGAAGGCGGCGAACAUACAUAGUCC